AUGUAACAAGUAAUAUGUUGUUGAAAUAUUAUUCCGUCGUAAUAUUGUGUCUUUCCGUCGUCAACGGAGAACCUGGAGAACUUAAAUGUUUUUCGAGAUUUGACUAUGACGAGAAAAUGUUAAUGAAACAGUUAAGAUUCGAAGACAAAGUUCAGAAAUUCGAGGAAUUUAUUAACGGAGCGAGAAGCCAAGGAAAAAGAGCAACGCCAUUAAUUAAAAAUGUGACAUCAGAAAUGCUCGAAAAUAUGGCCAAUUCUAGGAUGGAGUUUGAAAAAGUUCAUGAACAGAUGAAUGAGAGAAUGAAAGAAAUAACAAACGAAGGGAACGCGUUUGAUACAUCAACUGGCAAAUUUACAUGUCCUGUUAGCGGGCUCUACCACUUUUCUUUACACAUUAUCAAAAAGCGGUCAUCUAGUGUCGACACUGUCGGAUGUUUCAUUAAUCUGAACGGAUCAGGCAAAGUGCCAGCUUACAUAAAUACACAGGAUGGGGCAGCAUCGACGUCGGUGUAUUUAAAUCUAAAGGCUGGAGAUGUAGUGACAAUAACUAAUUGCAAUAAUCCAAUAUUCAAUCGUUUGGACUUAUCAAAUUCAUUCAGUGGUCAUUAA